AUGGGGAGGAGGCCUUGCUGUGAGAAAAUUGGAUUGAAGAGAGGUCCAUGGACUAUAGAAGAAGAUCAUAAACUUAUGAACUUCAUUCUUAACAAUGGAAUCCACUGCUGGAGAAUUGUCCCCAAACUCGCAGGUUUGUUGAGAUGUGGUAAGAGCUGUAGACUGAGAUGGAUUAAUUAUUUGAGACCCGAUCUCAAGAGAGGUGGUUUUACUGAUGCUGAAGAAGAACGUAUUGUGGAACUUCACUCUCAACUUGGCAACCGGUGGUCUAAAAUUGCCUCUCAUUUCUCUGGUCGAACGGAUAACGAGAUUAAAAACCACUGGAAUACGAAGAUCAAGAAGAAGAUGAAAUGUCUUGGUUUAGAUCCGGCUACGCAUGGACCAAUGAAUAAUAUUACCAACCAAACCAAACCUAACCAGAUAACAAAACCAAACAUGUGUUCUACCCUCAAGGAAGGAGAAGAAACCAAAGAACAGACUAUCAAAGAUGAAGUAGACAUUGGAUCUCUAUUCGAAAUGCAAGGAAACGAGAUAUCUAUCUCCUCUUCUUCUUUCUCUUCUUUAUACAGUAAUACUUCAAGAAGUGAAUCUUCUUCAAAUCUUGCAGAAGAUUCAAUCCUUUUAGAGCAAUGGGACUUAGCAUAUAUGACGGAUCCUUUGGUACCAUGGGACUUCUUCACCAAUCUUGAUGAUAAUCUUUACUUAUAAUGACAG